CUCAAAUCAAAUUUAAAAUUGUCUGGAUUUGACCGCUUCUGUAAAACUUUACGAAUUGUCGAGGUGACGCCCCAAUCGUAUUACGGCGGUUUGACCUUGAAGCGCUCAGUAACCUCAGUCAGUGGAAGAUACCACUGAACCGUUGCCGUGCUCACAUGAAUCACUCAAUCAUGGUUAAUGGUGAAAGGAGGACCCCUUCGGUCAUUUUAAUGGACUUCUUUAAUAUGAUUCCGUUCACAGAUCGGACCAGCGUUUCUUCAACUUUGACCGAAAUCCGCAACAGCCUGGAUGAUGUAAUUCCAAAUACUAAUCCUAUAGCACCGUUUAUUAGCAAAAUCAGGCAGUUACAGUUAGUUUUCAUGAGAAUUCCCAUGGUAUUAAGAAAACAAAUCAAAUCCCUAUUACUGGAAGGCUUAGAAGCGUCGUCAGAAAUCUCCAACCUACUUCUGUGUAUUUUCACACUGUGUCUAUGUUUAUUGGAAUUAAGCGUUCUGAGAAACUGUGAUCGGUCAGACUUAGAAAGCGAAGAUAUUUGGACAACUAUCAAAGAAUUAAAUCAGUCUAUAUUCCCAAGAUUAUGUGAAAAAAUAAAGCAACAAAAAACGAAUCUGCCUUCACUUUUAUCAUGGUCAUAUUGUAUGUUAGCGUUCACCUUCUAUGCUUGUGCAGAGUGGGUACAUAAUCAAGGUUGUAAACCUUCACCUUCGUUCUGUGUCAAGAAUUCUGUGGACUUAGAUGAAACUAUUUUGGAUCAUCCAACUGUGCCAGAAAUAUUGCGCCAUAUUCUCUAUAAUCAGGUAAAGAAUAGACCUUAUUUUACACCACCUACUUCACGAACGCUAAUAGAUCUUCUAUUUUCAAGUGCAAUAUCUAGCAAUGCAGGAAUUUUAAUGUCUUGCAAGUAUAAAAAAACAUAUGACCUAUCUGACUGCUGUAUUGAAUUUGAUGAACCUCCGGUGCAACCUGUCAAAGUUGAUGAAAUCAAAGUUAAUAUUAAAGACAAACCACGUCAAUUGCCUUCAUGUUUUCAAGAUAAUUUGCAAACAGGUUCCUUCAAAAAAAUUUUUUAUAACCUAAGUUUGUUGAAACAACUACUUGGAAAUCCUGACUGCCAAAAUUCUUUACUGGAACCAUUAAUUUUUAGCUUACGACAGUCACCUUUCAUAUUGAAACGCUUGAGAAGUUGCUUGGCAAGUGGUCUAAAACCAAAUGACACUAAUGUCUGCUUAUAUGAGAAAAUUUAUACCUUACUACUGCAACUGUGGUUUCAAGCUGCUAUGGAUCGUACGUUGCUUAAGAAUUUUCCACAAUCAUAUAUAUGGUUGUGUGGUUUCACUUGCCCGAUGUAUGAGUAUAAAGCUUAUGUAUCGACGUUUAGAGCCACAAGUUGCUUUUUCGUGAUGUAAAUUGGCAAUCAGGUUAAAAAUAGCUUAUUAAUGUAAAUUUGAUAAGUAAUGAGUAUGACUGGAUUCUAUAAUGCUGUUAUAUGGACUGGGCGUUUUCUGACUGCUUAUGAGAAUAUGUUUAGGUCAUCAAUUUUUAACUCACCGCACUGGUACCUACAAAUGAUUACGGAUGCAGUGAUUGCUAUAAUAGAUCGAUCAGGAAAAGUAGCAUUUAGUAAGAAGUAUGAGAAAAUGAACCGUAAUUAAUGGUCGGGUCAAAUUUUUAAGCACCAACUGAAAAUCAAGUAAAUAACAUGGAUCCAAAUUUAUUAGGACCAACAAACAAUUCCGGUCAAGUAUUUCACUAUGAAAAUAAUAUUACUAAAUGCCAACGGGAAGUUUGUGAAAGUUGGAGGAGUCAACUAACAACCUAUUACAAAUAUUUUGAGUACUAGACUUUUUUCAUAGAAAGUCUAUACUUGACUUUGGAUGAUUUUUCAAUCCAAACCAAUUGUCAGGAAAACGCUGACAAGGAAACACAUCUAUAGGUCGUAUUCCUUGCUACUAAUGACAUUGAAAAAAGUUAAUUAGACAAGAAUGUCUACCGCAAUAAAUUUUACCCUUUCAUUCAACGACAAUAGAAACUAUGUCUUCUUUAUACAAUGGAAAAUUCAUCAUCAUUUCCCAACUUCGCAUUUAAGAGGCAGUUCAACAAUAAGUAUAGCUUCUAAAAUUGUGCACAUUUAGUCAAUUAACAAUUCAUAUGGGGAAAGAGUUGAAAAAAUUACAAGACGUCCUCUGUUUUAUUUUUUAAUACACAACAAUCGAUUCUAAAUCCCUUAUAACACCUUUUUGUUUUUAUUUCACUAAUUUAUAUUUUCUCGAAUCGUAUCUUAGAUGCCUAAUCGCUUCCAUUAUCAUUGAUACUGUUACUUCCUUUAUUACUCUGGGAUUUGGCUUAACAAUUUCAUUUCUCUGUGCUAAGAGGGUAUGGCGACUUGAACCGAUGUACAUACGUACCAGGUUUUAAGUUGUGACUAAAACAACAAUCGAUACCCAUCAUUAUGCCGGUUCCACUGUUUUAAAGUCAGUCAUACACAUAGAAUAAUAAAGGUGCAUGAAGCGAAUUUCAAA